UUAAUGUUCAAUACCAAUCCCUUCACCAGUGUUCACUUCCACCAAUCUCCCCCACUCCUAUUUGCCUCCAUCAGUCUGCUUCUGCAAGAGGUGUAAGUAAGUCAUCAAACAUCAAGAUGUCUUCAACACCCGAGCCUCCAUCCUUUAAAAAGGAACCACUCAAAGAGAAGGACUUUCCAAACCCAGGACUUAGGGGGGUCCGUACAACAAGUUUGUUUCGAGCUGUGAAUCCAGAGCUCUUCAUUAAACCUAACAAACCUGUAAUGGCUUUUGGAUUGAUAACUCUCUCACUCUGUGUGGCUUAUAUUGGUUAUCUGCAUGCAACACAAGAGAACAAAAAGGACCUCUAUGAAGCUAUUGAUAGUGAAGGGAACAGUUCUAUGAGAAGGAGAACUUCUAAGUGGGAUUAA